UCUGACUACGCCGCUCAUUUCGAGGAAAGCGCUUGCCUGAGAUGCUUCACGGUUCGGACAACAACAAUUCGCACUGAAGGCUGACCGAAAAUAUCACCGCAAUGGGCAGGAAAAACGACGUCGAAGCCACGCUCUUCGACCAGGAGCAUAUUCUGCCGAAACGCGAACUGUUCCUUGUAUUCGGCAUCAUGGCUUUAUCUCUGCUAGUCUGCUUCAUCGAUCAGAACGGUAUCGGAGUGCUUCUACCUGACAUUGCAGAGGACUUGAACGCACAAUCAUCAAUCUCAUGGGCCGGGACGUCCGCUUUGAUUGCCAAUACAGUGUUCCAGGUCCUGUACGGGCGUUUGUCAGAUCUGUUCGGGAGAAAAGUUGUGCUGCUCUCGGCUCUGGUUCUCCUCUCCCUCAGCGACUUGGCAUGCGGCUUGAGCGUCAACUCGACCAUGCUGUACAUCUUCCGAGGUCUGGCAGGAGUAGCGAACGGCGGGAUCACGUCUUUGACCAUGAUGAUCGUCAGCGAUGUUGUCACGCUGCAAGACAGAGGCAAGUAUCAGGGGAUUCUCGGAAGUAUGGUCGGUCUAGGCAAUGCUGCAGGGCCUCUGAUUGCUGCUGGAUUCGCGUUGCAUCUCACCUGGAGAGGUCUUUUCUACCUCAUCGCUCCGCUUGCGAUGGUCUCAUUUGCUGCGAGCUGGGUCUGGUUGCCAUCCACCAUGCCGAAACAGGAUUUGAAGGAGACGCUGGCCAAGAUCGACGUGAUGGGACUGCUGUUCGGCACUGCAGCUGUCAUUCUCCUGUUGAUCCCAAUCUCUGACGGAGGACAUUCUGGUACGCCUUGGGACUCGCCCAUGAUAAUAGCCAUGUUCGUCGUGGGCGGCCUAUGUCUGGUGAUAUUCCUGCUGAUCGAAUGGCGCUGGGCGGAUCUUCCAAUGAUGCCUCUUUCCAUGUUCAGGAACAUCUCCGUGGCCGCGAUGCUUGGUCAGAGCUUCUUGCUGGGCAUGAGCUACUACUCAUACAUUUACUUCCUUCCGCUCUACUUCCAGAAUGUCAGAGGAGAGAGUCCACUCAUUGCAGCAUGCCUACAACUGCCUCUGGUCAUCGCGCAGACCAUCGCGUCAACCGCAGCGGGGUUCUACGUUUCAUUCUUCAGCCGCUAUCUGGAGGUCAUCUAUUCCGGAUUCGCAAUCUGGACUUUGGGAGGCGGACUCUUGAUCAUGGCAGAUCGUACAGUCAGUCUCGGACUGGUGUCUCUCUACCUUGCCAUCAUUGGCAUUGGUACGGGCUUCGUCUUCCAGCCCACAUUGGUUGCACUGCAGGCACAGUGUCCAAAAGCACAGCGCGCGGUCGUCACAUCGAACAGGAACUUCAUUCGGAGUGCAGGUGGAGCUGUCGGAUUGGCAGUCUCGUCAGCGAUUCUGUCGAACGUACUCAAAGGCUCGCUCCCAGAGAGGCUACAGUCUGUCGCCAACAGCGUCUUUGUAGCACCAGAUCUGGCCAACUAUCCGAUGAUCGAUGCAGACGCCAUUGCCGACGCCUAUGCGAACGCCAGCAGGGCUGUGUUCAUCUUCUGUGUGCCGCUCGCCGGGGUCGCAUUUCUUUUGUCAGCUUUAAUCAAGGAUCGAGGUCUAGUGCGCCAGGAGGAAAAGGAGAGCCCAGUAGCGACACAGAUUGCAUCAAGAACGAGCGAUGUCGAGAAAGGCGAGCUGAGGAGAAGCGACGAUAUCCAAGCAUCACAGAAUCGAGACGAGCACGAGCUAGGCAAUAAGGCAACCACGGCGGCUCCUAUCUCAAGCAGACCAUCAGAGCUCAGUCUGAGUGGUGGUGGAAGUCUAAAGAGCAGUCGAAGUGAGAAGAGUGUGUGA